AUGAUAAUAGAACAAAUAAUUUGUCUUAUCAGUGUUAUCAGUGAUACAUAUUCACCUCAGGAGAUUCGGUCUUUUCUCUUCGAUCUCUUGAGUGUUUUGGACUUCCGACUUUCGCCCUAUUCUCCAUACACCGAGGGCGAGACGAUUCUCUACAAUGCAGGGCAUUCUUCCCUCUAUUCCAACUACCAAUCGCUUCUCAACGGUGUGUGUAUGAAAUACGAGUCUCUCCAAGUCCCUCCUAUCGCAAUCACGCAGACUUGCAUCUUUCUGGCAUGGUCGUUUUCGUUUCCGGGGAAAAAGAUCGACGAAUCGCUGGAGUUCUGCUGCAGUGUGUGUCAGAAGGAUAAGGAAACAGUGGUGUCGAUUGUGCGCGAACUGUUUCCGAUGAUGUGUGAUACGUGUGAUGUCGUUCUCGCUCGUCAUGGAGAGAAAGUGCAGUAUUAUGGUAUCAGUCCGAUCUCGGUGGCGACUUGAAAGGAAAAGGACUGUAAAUGUUUCUUCUUUCAU